CUGAUAAUCACUCCGUUUAAAACUCGAUUUAUUUCUGAUCAUUUUCACUGGUGUUUAGGCGAGACAUUGAUUGGCCUUGAAGCACCACGAGGAUUGCCGUCGCCCCCUCGUUAUCCAGUCAGUAACAUUAUUCAUGUGCGGUGUCUCACGCGUCCUUUCACCACCAGAUCUCUUUUUGAACUGUUGGGUCAGUUCGGGGCAUUUUCAAAAGAAGAAUUUUGGAUUGACGGCAUUAAGUCGCAUUGUUUAGUGAAAUACGACAGCGAAGAAAGCGCGCUUCAUGCGAGGAACGCCUUGCACAACUUGCAGUGGCCGCCGUCAAAUCAGAAAGUACUGAGAGUAGAUUUUGCUACUCAAGAUGAUCUUGAUCGGCAUUGUGGCGCAACGGAGAAAAAGAGAUCCAAACCAGUGGGCAUGCAAGAAGUAGUAGGCGUUCAUGUCGAGCCGCAACCUUCGAUUUCUGUCGAGGUCGAUAGUCAUAGGGUGCUGCCCAGAGAACCUCAUGCCAGAACAACGUCAGAACGUCGCCAGCCGGAAAACAGUGUCUGGUCUAACGGUCGCGAAUGGGAUCACGCGAAAUCCUCAGCAUAUCCUGAUCGAAAUGCCACGCAAAUCAAGCUGGAAGAAGAACGACAGUGGACAGAAUCACAGAAAAAGCGUAAAGGAAAUGAACCCGUUUUCAACGGUGAUUUAUCGCCGCUAUUCUAG